UUUUUCUGUUUCUUCUCAAAUCACACUCUUCAAUGGCGAUUUCUUCUUCUUCUUCUUCCUCCUCUAUAUGUUUUAACUCCACUCGAUCUCACACAGCUCGCCAGAUUUCAUCUCCGUCGCGUCUCUUCCCAGUCACCAGCUUCUCCCCUCGCGCUCUCCUUCUCUCCGAUAGACGAUCUCUCCUAUCUUCCUCCGCCUCUCGCCACCGUCUCUUUCCUCUCUGCGUUCGUGAUUCUCUAGCAGCUGAAGUUACAGAACGAUCAUGGGAAGACUCAGUCCUCAAAAGCGAAACGCCUGUGCUAGUAGAAUUCUACACAAGUUGGUGCGGUCCAUGUCGGAUGGUGCACAGGAUUAUAGACGAAAUAGCAUUGGACUAUGCCGGAAAACUAAACUGUUAUGUCUUGAACGCAGACAAUGACUUGCCGGUGGCUGAAGAGUACGAGAUAAAGGCUGUGCCAGUAGUUCUGAUUUUCAAGAACGGUGAGAAACAAGAGUCCAUCAUGGGUACAAUGCCUAAAGAGUUCUACAUUUCCGCCAUAGAAAGAGUCUUGAACUCAUGAAGAAGGUAAUAUCAUUGAUGAAGACCUCUCACUACCACUUUGAUCAAAUAUAUUGUUGGGAGCUUA